CGCCGGCUUCCUAGGUGUCCUUCCCCCAUUCUUUUUGCAUCAUCCACCUGGGCGGUCCGGAGAAUAAUCGCAGCGCGAUCAAUCCAGCCCCAGCAGCUGCUCCGCCGGCGCGCAGUACCUGCAUACUAUCAAUCUUAAUCGCAUCAUAUUAUUCCCCAACAACAGGCGCGCUGCGGCGAAGUUUCGUAAGCCAUGCAUCGGCACACGCGGUCAGACGCCGGAGAUCUCUCCUCUCCUCGCUCAAGCAGAGCCCCAAGCUUCAGCAGCGACCGGCCCAGCGUCGCAGGAUCCGCAACUUUUCAGAUGCCUUCGAACGUGCGGCCGCCGCCUGCCUACAUUGCGGCCUCGGUGGCCUCGCAGAUUGUAACGGACCAUCACAAUGCGCAGCUCCGCGAAGAUAACGACUCUGGCGAUGAGGGUUCCACGUCUCUCCUCGUCAACGCCCUCUUCUCAGAGGGAGCACUCUGCUUGCUCAACGCCUUCCUAGACCAUCUCCUAUUCUCAUUUCUAUCGACCGCGCGAUCGCCCUCCCUGACCGCCAUCCGGCCCGCGAUCGCCGACGUGCUCAAGCCGCGACUCGCCCGCGAGGCAAUGGCGACGGCCGACGAGGAACUUCAAGGCCUACUCGCUGGGGAGGAUGACGAAGAGUUUCCCGCGGCACUCAAUGGCCAGAGCUCGACUGAGAGGUGGGACGUGGAGAAGGUCUGGAAGCGGACUCGUCUGCGCAUAAUGGUGUACACUCGGUUGGGGGAGCUUGAGGACGAGGAUGAGGAGCGCUACGUCCAGCAGGAGCGAGGCCUCAGCAUGGAUGAGAGCGACGAUGAGGAGGCCGGGCUCGUCUCGUGGGCCGCCGCCAUCUUCUUGACGUCGGUGGUCGAGUAUGUAGCGGAGCAGACACUCAUGGUUUCGGGCCAGGCGGCUUUCGCGCGCAUGUCUGCGAAGAUGAAGAAGACGGCCCAAACAUCCGAAGAUAGCGAGGAUAUUCAACUGGAGCGCAUAGUUGUCGAAGACUACGAUGUGGAGAAGGUCGCCUUGAAUUCGGCUCUGGGCCGGCUGUGGAGGACUUGGAGGAAACGUGUUCGGUCUCCCAUCACGCCCCUGACUCCCUCGCGCGGGCCGCGCUCCAUGUCCAGCUUUACGAGCCUGCACCGCCGACGGGUGAGUCACGAGACGAUGGACGAUUCCAUCUUGAGCGACAAUGGGGCUGUCCCUGAGGUCCCCGAGCGCCAGCCUACAGAGACUGACAUUGCCGCCAACAUUCCGCUUCCAAUCGGUGACAACGACGUCGCUGAGAUAGAAGUUCCCGGCCUGGCGCGCCAGUUCGAUGGUUCGAGCAGCGGUACACAGACUCCCGUCCCCCGGCCACAGAGACCUUCCAGUUUCAUUUUGCUCGCUCCCAUCGAGAGCGUUAGGAGGGGGCCGGCGAAAGGGCGUCCAGUAUCAAUGCCACCGCCAGCUCCCCAACCAUUUGAAGUUCCUCCUUCCCAGCCUGUGACCGACGAAUCCGAGUUUGUGACGCCAAUGGAACGAAUGUCGGAAGAGCACAGUUACAUGGAGCAAUCGGCCCAAGAAGAAGCGGAAGAAACACAGAGGGCACACUUGCUUAGCGAAGAGCAUGAGCAUCACCAAGACCAUGAGCUAGAAGCGGAUGCCGACAUGGUAGCUUUCGCUGCGUCCACUGGGAUGGGCUUUGGGAUGAGCCCCAUUAGCCCGACAAAGCACAAACCUUUUGAGAAGGACGAUGACAAUAGAGUAGAGACUCCAACCCAGCCUGGUUAUGAUGACGAGCCGCAAGUAUUGCACUCAAAGCGCUUGUCAAUUGAGAAGUCUGGACCUCCGGGUGUAGUCCGCACGUACUCGGCUCGCAGCAGCACCAGGUCGCCGUCGUCAGUGUUGCGGGGUGAAGGUAAAUCGUACCUCGAGGAUGCCGGGACAGACGACGAGACACACGACUAUGAGGCCAUUGGAGUCGCCCGUACCACGAAUGUUCCUAUUCCAACACCCUCACCUCCCGCCCAGGAACUUCCAGCCCAUGACCAGCCGACGGGGUAUGCAAGGCAGCAUGACCGCGGGGUGUACGAAGCGGGUGCGACGCGCCAUAUCGCCUCUGUCUCAACAAAGGCCGUUAAGACACCCAGCCCCCCUGUUGAGACACCACCGCCACUAGAGAAAUCCGUGCAGCGAAAAGAAGUUCCGCCGCCCAAAGUCCUGCCUGCUUUGUCGCGUGGGCCUGCAUUGGCGUCUUUGCAAGAAUCUGAGAGCUGGCCGAACAAGCCACAUGAGGAACAUACUACACCUGCGGUGCCGGAAAAGCGCGUCUCAGAUGUUCAGCGAAACGGGGCCCCUCAGGGUGGCAGCCCAAAACCCAGUGGACCCCGCCGCUCACGAGAAUCACCAGUCGCGGUUGCAGAGCGUGAGCGUUCUGGCAAGCGUCCUUCAAGCUUGGAAAGUGGAAGCCGCUCUCGGGCAGGAACGACAGAGGGCGUCCCCGUAGAGAAAGCCACGCUCCAACGUGUGUCAUCUUCCGCCUCCUCAACCGCCAGGUCUGUCUCUACGUCCAUUCUCCACAGUGCACGUGACUCGGAUUUGAGCAUCGGCGGCCGUCCUCGAGGUCUCAGUGGGCGCAUGUCAGAAGAGGAUCGCGAACGAGAAUUCGACUCCCUCGUCAAAGGCCAAGAAACGGUUAAGUUUACGCUUACCCCACAGGCCAUGCGCGAUAUUGAUGAACCUCUGGUUGUUCGAAAGCCGGAAGCCCCCAAACCUACCCCUACCUCCACAGUCACGGUAUAUCCUCGAGUCAAUGCCGACAAAGACAAUUCCUUUGGCUCCCAGGCCUUGCCGCCUGUCCGGUCUGGUUCCCGGAGCAAAACCACCUCCGCAAACAAGAAGAUGGGACCGAAGCCGCUAGCAAGGGAGCCCCGCAUUCAGGGUGAAUCAAUGAGAGACUUUGCUGACUUCAUUCGAUCAACUGGUCCUGCUGCUGGCGACCAACGUCCUGUCCAGCCUUUUCUGUCCUUGUCCAAUUCAACGAGCCCCAAGUCUCCUCCUUCCACCUCUACCAUUAGUGGACUUGGGAGGAGGAUGUCUGCAAGACAUUCUUCAACACUGGGACAGUCAGGCUCGAGUGCAGGAGAGGGUCCCUCGGCGAGACCUCGCCUCCACAUGGAACCAAGAAGUCCAGCUGGCCAACGCACUGGCAAUGAUGAAUUGAUUGAUUUCAUUCGCCAGGGUCCGCCCGGGUCAAACAAUGGCCAGCACAGAAUUCCACGCUCGGUUGCACCAUUUAGAACUACUGUUGACUCUGAUCAGUUUGACAGAAUGCUCGACGAUAACAGCAAUAUUGAGUCUGCAUAUGGUUCUCAAGUGUCAACCAAUUCCAAACAGUCCAACAACACUUCGAAUUCUAGGACUGGUCUCCUGCCAACGCCCACUGUUGUACACCCAGCUUAUUCCAAUACCCCUCAAAAUCUCACAGGAAGCCUCAACAACCCCGAGCCCCAGAUUAAGCGCACUCGCCGCCGUGUGAAAGACCCAUAUGCCAUUGACUCGGACGACGAGGAUGACGAUCUGCUGACCGCCCUUCCCAAGUCCAGCAAGCCCCGACAACAAGAGGAGAGCCUUAUGGACUUCUUGGGCAGUAUGGAGCCACCACCAGUGGAUAACGAGCCAAAGCCGUUCCUGCUCAACAGCGCAACAAUAGCCGCCGCCAAAGCUCGUGCUAAUGCUGCGGCCAGCGCUGCCAACGCUUCCAACUCAGGUACGGCGCCUUCGUUGACCGCUGCUGGCAAUCGCAACGGCGUCUCUCGCUCCGGCAAACCCGUCUCUGCACAGUCCGCUUUUGUUUCUUCAUCAGUCACCUCCGAACCGCUGAGAGCUCGCGGCCCGAAGCUUCAAGCGCGAGCCGCCGGUACCAGAGAGGCUCAUGCGGGGAGAUCUGCCACAAAUGACCUCGCCGAUUUCUUGCGUACCUCCGGCCCGCCUGAACCCGCCGCUCCACCCCCUGGUGCUACAAUUCGAAAAGAGGAGAGCGGCAAGCGCAUCAACGCGAAAUUCUGGCGGAAGAAGACUUACGGCGAUAUGCCAUGAUCACCUAUACCCUUUUAUAUCUUGCCUGCAUUUUUCAUGUCCUUUAUUUAUGCUGGCUAGACAGACAUCUUGGAGAGAGUUUGGGGACCUGAGGAUGACUUGGACUUUUAUGCUUCUUAGGUAUAAUGCCUUGUAAAGACAUGGUCUUGUUGUACCUGUAUCUUGAUAACCUUAUGACUUACUAAAGUUCCAUUCUCUCUCGAUAUGAGCCCGGUUGUUCUGUUCUAGCGACUGAGCGAUAUUUAG